AUGAAAUCUUUUUCAAACACGAUUGCUGAUAAACUUGAUGAGGAAAGCUUUCUUCCCUGGGAACAACUUGCUCUUGCAUCAAUCCAUGGGCACAACCUGCAGAAUCAUCUCAACAAAGAAAAGGUUCCUGUUCGAUUUGCAACUCAAGCAGAUCAAGAAAAUGAAAAAGAAUCCGAAGACUAUGCAACCUGGUUUGCUCAUGAAAUCUGGACAAGACUUCAGGUCUACUUUGCUUCUCACACACAAGCAAAAGUCAAACAACUCAAAAACCAGUUGAAAUCCAUCAAAAAGAAAGGACCAACAUCAGAAUAUCUUCUUCAAAUCAAAAAGAUUGUUGAUUCUUUGGGAGCUGUCGGUUCUCCAAUAACAGAUGCUGAAUAUUCAGAAGCAAUUCUUGAUGGAUUGAGUGAUGAGUAUACACCUUUAAUCACUUCUGCUAUGUCAAGAUCUCCACCUUUUUCUAUAAUCGAAUUGGAAGCAUUCCUUCUUGCUCAAGAGGAAAUGCUAGAAAGAUUCAAAAAGAAUGAUGCUACACCAAUUUAG